AUGUCUGAACCACCUUCAACUCGCGUGCAGACCCCAGAUGUCGACUCCUCCCAAGCGGUGCGAACCGCCCACGUCCAGAAUCUCAUGGACCGUCUACGCAGCAAAAGCCCCAUCUACAACUUCAUAAUGGCCGAAGCGCAACUCAUCGAGUCAAGCCAAGGCGUCGUCACCACACGCAUGACGCUGAACGAGAACCACCUGAACAGCAGCGGAAACCUGCACGGCGCUGUAUCAGCCACCAUCAUUGACUUUGUCACGGGUCUGGCUAUUGCGAGCUGGGAUCUGAGGGAGACGACUGGUGCGAGUGUGGAUAUGCACAUCAGCUAUGUUAGCACAGCCCGCUUGGGGGACAUGGUUGAGAUCGUUUCGACGGCGGAUAAAGUCGGUGGCAGCGUUGCGUUCUCGUCGAUAAAGAUUUUCAAGGUUGAGGCGGAUGGGACGCUGAAGCUUGUUACGCAUGGGCAGCAUACAAAGUAUGUCAAGAAUUCACAGCCAAAAGCUUCAUUAGCAUGA